GUUCGGAGUAUGUGCCUAGGUAUGUAGGUACCUACUUACCUAGGUAUCAAUAAGCUCCUGCCCACGGCCAAUCCUCGGUGCAUACGCACCAUUUAUUAACAACCUUGGAACCCAUUUACUGUGCCAUCGAGUCAUUGUCAUGUUUCGCCAUGUCUCCCCUUCUUUUGUCAGCCCCUCCCGGUCUCUUGUUGUUAUCAGCACACCCGGUGAUUUAUCUGCUCGGGCGAGACUCGAACUGCAAGAACCAAUCAGUCCCGUUUCGUUUCUUUUCCCUUCCCGAGUCCUUCACAACGUCCGCGGGGUGGCCUUCCGGGUUAGAUCCGAGGCCAUAAAGGCAAAAAGGUCACACCGCGCUCCUCUAGAAAAGCCUGCUAGAUCCGACGGGUCCUCAACGCGACUGACUUAUCAGGUCCUUUUUCGAGAUGAUGAGCGAGUGUCUCAAGCACCGGGGUUACGUAAUCGCGGCCCAGGACGUUAUCUCUCUGCCGAUGGCGCAAUGAGUGGGAAAACGGGAAAACGGGAAAAACACUUAAAAACCGCGGCCGCCUCCCUGGCCUUGGGGUUCCGCAGACAACCUUAGCCGCAGCCAUGAGCACCAACAGCAACUCGGGCCACGGCCAACCUGUCGUCCCGGAGGCAGUGGCGGGCAAGGCCCCUGCCGUUGUGGCCGUCACGCCCAGUCCUGCCUACCAUCCACCCAACGGCGGCGGCGGCGGCAGCAGCGGCAGCGGCAGCAGCCAGGGUGGCCAUGACCAUGGCCUCGAAGACGGCGUCGACGAGGCCAAUGUCGACGACCACGGCGGCGACCUCGUCACCGCGGCAGAGUUGCACGACCUCAAGCGGGGCCUGACCGAGCGUCAUCUGAGCAUGCUGGGGAUUGCAGGCGCCAUCGGCACGGGUCUCUUUCUGAGCCUCGGGGGCGCCAUCCAGACCGGUGGUCCUCUCGGUGCUCUGCUGGGCUAUGCGAUGGUCGGCGGGGUCGUCUGUUCCGUACAGUUCGCACUGGGGGAGGUGACGGCCCUUUUACCGGUCACCGGCAGCUUCGUCAGGCACGCUGGCUUCCUCGUGGAUCCCGCGCUCGAAUUCGCCAUUGGGUGGAACCUCGUCUACGGCAAUCUCCUCAGCAUCCCCUCGGAAAUCACAGCCAUUUGCGUGCUCUUCCAGUUCUGGACGGACAUUAACAGCGCCUUGUGGAUCGUUAUCUUUAUCCUCCUGACUGUCGUCGUUGGCGUGGCAUUCGUCCGCAUCUUCGGAGAGGUCGAAUUCUUCUUUGCGGUCCUCAAGAUCCUCCUGGUCGUGUUUCUCAUCAUCCUCGGCUUGGUCAUAGACCUCGGUGGCAUCCCGGGUACUCCCCGCAUUGGCUUCAAGUACUGGAAAGACCCGGGUCCCUUUGUCGAGUAUAUCGGCACAGGCGGAUGGGGGAAAUUCCUAGGCUUCUGGGGUGUCAUGACAUCCGCCGUCUUCUCCUUCGCGGGAGUCGAGUCCAUCGCCAUGGCAGCAGCCGAGACCCACAACCCACGGCGCGCAAUACCCCGAGCUUGCAGGCAAGUCUUUGCUCGGGUCCUGCUGUUCUACAUGCUCGCAGUGCUUGUUGUUGGAAUGCUUGUUCCUAGCAACGACCCGCGCUUGGGCGAUGAAAGUGGCACUGCGGCACAGAGCCCCUUCGUCAUCGCCGCCAGCGCCGCUGGCAUCCGCGCGAUUCCAAGUGUCGUCAAUGCAAUCGUCAUUACAAGCGCAUGGAGCGCAAGCAACCAGUCGCUCAUGGCAGGCACCAGGGUUCUGUACGGGCUCGCGUUGAAGGGCCAGGCCCCCAAGAUCUUCUUGCGGACUACGGCUUGGGGAACACCCUACAUGUGCGUGGCCUUGUUCACAGCCUUCAUGUUCCUCAGCUUCCUGACGCUAAGCAACAACGCCAUGACUGUGUUCUGGUGGCUUGUCGAUCUCACCGCUGCCGGUGUGCUCGUCAGCUGGUGUACAAUCCUGUUGAAUCACCUCCGCUUGAAGCUGGCAAUGAAGAAGCAGGGGAUUCCCGUGGCAAGAUUGCCGUGGCAUAACUCUUGGACCUUUUAUAGUUCCUCCAUUUCGUUAUGCUUGUGCGUCGUCAUUCUCCUCACAAACGGCUUCAGUUGUUUCACCAAAGGCAACUGGGACCCUGAGACAUUCGUGUCGUCUUACUUGGAUAUCCCUCUUGUCAUCUCCGCAUUUCUGAUCUGGAAAUUUUACAAGAAGACAAAACUAUACUCCUUGGACGAGAUACCCAUUGCGGACGCUUUGAGGCAGGCUGAUAUAGAGGAAGCUGCUAGAAUACAAAGAUACCAUGACUAGAUCUUGAAAAAAGCGAACAAUCGGUUAGAUAGAGAGUUCAAAUAGUUGUGUGGUUUAACUUCGAGGCAUGAU